CCGAACUUCUUCUCUCGUGACCAUCACCAUCACCGACGUGAAUGCCGAAAGACUUGAAGCUCGAUGACAUUUGGGACACCUCGGACGACCUGGAUAUUCCAGCCCGACGACGAUCGAUGACGGCGAUUUCGAGCUCGUCUGCUAAUAAUGGUCCCUCUGCGGUUGCCACUACAUCCUCUUCCAAACAACCCUCCAAACGAAUUCCCAGCCUAAAACUCGCUUCAAGAUUGGCAUCGAGACAGUCAACCACGGGUCCUCUUGUUUCUCCAUCAUCACCAAAUUUGUCGGACCCUAUAUCCAGCAACAGCGGGCAAGAAGCCGGCUCACCAACUCGUCCAGGAUUAACGCGGUCGAUGUCAUUACCGAAAAACACAGAGAGCAAAACAAAGACGAUACGAGUAGACGUUGAGGAGCUGGAAAUUGAGCCUGUCGUUGUAGAGAAAAUAAGACGAUGGAUAUUGGGAAUAGCCAUUGUUGAAUUCGAUGUGGACCAAGGGCCAUUAGUCGAUGCAGUAUUUCCGUUGGUACAUCUUUCACCACAAGAAACAUCCAAUAUAGCAUUUGCUGCAUUUCCUGAUUCCCUACAGUUUGACCAGGGCUCGCAAAACCAUUCAUUCCGUAUACAUGCCCAUGCAGGUAAUGCGGAGCAAAGUCCUGUCAGUUUGGAUGGAUUCAUGUAUGGAUACUCGCACUUUAUACAGAGAAGAGACUCGAAAGCAAGACGUGGAUAUGAACAGCGUUCUGUGGUCAUACUAUCCCAUCUCCCAUACCCAGCUCUUUUUACAUCCCUCUCGUCCAUUUUUGGCCCCCUCUUUCAGAUUCAUGGAAUUCCUAUGCUAGAGUCCGCAUGUUACAACAUCGCUACCUGGCCUGAUCCCAUUCCAGGCGCUGUCCUAGAACUGGGAUUCCUCGGAUCCGUCCUUCACUCAGAACUCCCACCAAGUCAUGACAGCCAACAACACACCGAUACAUCGUCUUUUGGACAAAAGUAUGACCCAAAGCUACAUAUUCUAGCAUCAACGCCUCCCUUUGUCCCACCACCGCUGUCGCUCUUCGAAGCAUCUCUAUCUCAUCUCUGGUCGAUAUGGGAAUGUGUCGUGCUCGGGGAACCUUUGCUGAUAUUCGGGUCCUCCCCCGUCGAAACAAGUCAGGCUGUAUGGUGGCUCAGGGAUCUUCUUAGACCUAUCCCCCUUUUUGGAGACAUCCGACCUUACUUCACAAUUCAUGAUCAAGAUCAUGCUGCACUCGUGAACAAGCUACCACCCAAAGCCGGCGUGUUACUUGGCGUGACGAACCCGUUGUUCUACAAAUCAUGCUCACAUUGGCCUCACGUACUAAGUCUGGGGAGGAAUAUCCAACACACCAGCAAUGUGAACGGCAGACCUAUCCAUACUCUCGCUAAUCCUGGUCCCGUGCCCGGAUGGAGGACGAUGACUCAUAAGCGAUAUAUAUCCAAGGACCGCGUCUUGCUUAAACAACUAGAGGAUGCAUGUAGAGGUUCUGAACAAGAUAAACGAACGAACUACUCCUUCCGUUAUCCCGAUACCUUAAUACUCUUAUACCCACACCAUCAGAGGUCGCCUCAGAUAUCGCCAUCCGGUUGAAGCCCUUCAACGACUCCCAUUUCUUCAAAUUAUUAAAGACAAACGGGUCAACGCUGCCUUUCCGAUCAAACAGCAAACGGAACGAGUUUUAUGAACGGUGGCUAAAAACUCCAGCAUUUGGUCUAUGGCUCGCACAACAAGAGCGUAUCGUACAAGAUGUGUUGACGCAAA